AUGAACACAGAGUGUCAGCCGUGUCAGAAGGACUGGGUUCUGUUCAGGAACAGCUGCUACCUGUUCUWUAAAGAUUCUGCUUGGAAAACCUGGGAGCAAAGUCAACAGUUCUGUCAGAGUCAAUCAUCAGAUCUGGUUGUUAUUAAUGAUCUGCAGGAACAGGAGUUUGUCAGUAAUCACUCAGAACCAUACUUUGACAAUGUUCAUGGAUACUGGUUGGGUCUGAGGAACAUUAACAACAUCUGGGUUUGGGUCGACGGACACAACGACACUCUUGGGUACUGGGUGACUCAGGAGAUUGGUGCUACAGGUUCAURUGUUCUGCUGAUGCCUACAGGUCCAGAUGAUAAACUGAGUCUCC